AGCAGUGCCACACUCUGAGUAGGAGUUCCUGCCUGCCAGGGACACUGCUCUUGCAUAAUCCAUCUGACUGCAGCUUCUCAGGGCCCAAGUGGAUCCCAGGGAGGUGGAAAGUUCUCAGGUCCUCGCCCAGGCCAAUCUUUCCAUGAUGUCUUCAAGCCCUGCUUCCUGCACAUCUCCUAACCCGGACAGGCAGAACCCAAGUAAGAAGGUCCAGUGGGCUUCUGAAAGGAGGAGGAUGUCAUCCACAGACUCAGAGUCAAAAUCCCACCCUGACCCCUCCAAAGUGCCCAGGUCCCGGAGACCCAACCGGCUGACAGUGAAGUACGACCGGGGGCAGCUCCAUCAGUGGCUGGAGGUGGAGGAUUGGGUGGAUUUGAAUGUUCACGAGCUCUUCAAGGAUCAACAAACUCCUGAUCCUGAGAUUGAUCUGGAGGCUCUCGUGGAACUAUCCAGUGAGGAACAGAAGACUCAGUUGGAGGCUAUUCUCCGAGACUGCUCCCGCCCCACAGAGCAAUUUAUCUCUGAGCUACUCAGUCAACUCAAGAAACUCCGGAGACUCAGUCGGCCUCAGAAAUAAGCUUCACGAGACUACCUUCAUCAACCUCAGCACUGCGAGUCCUGCCCUGAACCUCUGGAUCCUGAGCUGAGAGGGAAAUGGCUCUUUGAGACACAGACAAGGAAUAUGGAAGAUAAGGAGGGACAUUUGGAUGUCCUAGUGUAUGUACAGUCACAAGUAGUUCCUGUCAGCUGGGCUUUCUGGGAGCCAGUCAUGGCUGUUGCCCAGACUUGACAGCCAAGUGGAUAAAAUCUUUAGGAGCCCCAGUUGAAUGGAAUGUGGAGCAUAUCUGUGCUAUGGGAUGGGGAAGGGAGAGGGUGAAGUGAUAUACCAGAAGGGCAGCAUCCUGAGUCACUACACUCUAUCCAUAUGUAUGCCUCAUCCAUCCAUCCACCUGUCCAUCCAUCUAUCAAUCCAUCCAAACUGGCCUUGAGAAUUUAAGAUGAAAGUCACAGUUCUGCUUCAGAAAUCACCAUCUAGCAAGGACCAGAGGCUAAGACAUAAAGCAUCCUGGCAUCACCAAGAACAGAAGCCCAAGUGGCAAAGACUAGUUUUGAAUCUCAGAGGAGAGGUAACAGGAAAAGGCUAGCUGAGUCUGGGGCACCAGGUUAAGGCUAAAUCUUCCUCCCUCCUUAAAUAAUGUGGGAGGCUUCAGGCUGAGGACUCUUUCUUGAGCUGGCUCCAGCCAGAAGACAAAAAGCAUGGAUUAAGCAGAGGGGUAUCAAGUGUACACGCUGACAGGCCAGGGGUCAAGUCAAGAGGGAAUUGCUGGAAACAGACACUGAUUCAGAAUGGGAGGAACAUUGGGACAGGAACCCUGGGAGGUGGCGUCUUUGGAAGUAAGACAGGAAGCAGGGUAUGCAACCACUGUUUGUGCAAAGUGUCUGAGUACUAGACAGGUUGAGAAUCCAAGAUGGUAGAGCCUAGGGGGCUAAGCUGGGCAUCCCAGAGCAGGACUCACAGUUCAGUUCAGUUGAACGAAUAUUCAUGUCUACUGCCUAUGAGGCUACCAGGAUGGGUGGGACUGCUCCUGCCGGAAA